AGUGCUGAUUUCACAAACACUAUUUUUCCUUGAGCUCCUAAAGCUUAUUUACCUGCCUCGUCUUUUCCUGACUUCAUUUCUUAGUGCUUAAUAGUUUUUAUGAUAUUGGGGCCUGUCCUGGCUGUGUUCGAUGUUUCCACCCCUCAUAAAAUGUUGCACAGUCAGAUCAAAGACUACUGAGAUGUGAUAUCACAUGAACACAAGUCAGAUCUCUGCUGAACGGUUAAGGACCAAUAACCCGCUGUUCCCCGUCAGGAUCUCACUGGAACCAUUAUGACUGAUAAAGAUCCCAAGAAAGGAAAGAAAAGGGGGAAGGGCAAAGAGGUGUGUGGUUACCCCCUCAGUAUUUUCUUCAUUGUCGUGAAUGAAUUCUGCGAACGCUUCUCCUACUAUGGCAUGCGCGCCGUGCUGGUGCUGUACUUUAAGUACUUCCUGCUGUGGGAUGAUGACUUGGCCACCUCCAUCUACCACACCUUUGUGGCUUUGUGCUACUUGACACCCAUCCUUGGCGCCAUUGUAGCCGACUCCUGGCUGGGAAAGUUUAAGACCAUUAUCUAUUUGUCUAUUGUCUACGCGCUCGGCCAGGGUGCAAUGGCUGUCAGUGCAAUCCAUGACAUUACUGACACGGACAAAAACGGGACGCCGGACAACAUGACCUUUCACGUCGCCUUGUCAAUGGUGGGACUUUUCCUCAUCGCUCUGGGCACCGGUGGCAUCAAACCUUGUGUGGCGGCCUUUGGUGGAGACCAGUUUGGCGAGCACCAGGACAAGCAGAGGAGGACUUUCUUCUCUGUGUUCUACCUGUGCAUCAAUGGAGGGAGCCUCCUGUCAACCAUUAUCACGCCGAUCCUCAGAGCUCAGCAGUGUGGCAUUCACACUCAGCAGGAAUGUUACCCUUUGGCCUUUGGAGUUCCUGCAGCGCUAAUGGUGGUUGCUCUCGUGGUGUUUAUCGUUGGGAGUGGGAUGUAUUACAAAGCAGAACCAGAGGGAAAUAUCAUGCUCAAAGUGUGCAAAUGUAUUGGGUUUGCCAUAAAGAACCGCUGUAGGCAUGGAAGCAGUACAAAGAAAGAGCAUUGGAUGGACUGGGCUGAGGACAAGUAUGAUAAACUCCUCAUAGCUCAAAUCAAAAUGGUGUUGAAGGUCCUGUUUUUGUACAUCCCUCUUCCGAUGUUCUGGACCCUGUUUGACCAGAAGGGUUCUAGAUGGACUCUUCAAGCCACAACCAUGGAUGGAAACUUUGGGGCACUCAUUGUACAGCCUGACCAGAUGCAGACAUUCAACCCCAUCCUGAUCCUGACUCUGGUACCAAUAAUGGACAGCCUCAUCUACCCGCUGAUCAAAAAGUGUGGCCUGAACUUUUCACCUCUGAAAAGAAUGACGGUGGGGAUGUUUCUGGCAGCGAUGGCUUUUGUCUGUGCUGCUGUGGUCCAGCUUCAGAUUGAUCAAACGCUGCCCGUUUUCCCAUCAACAUCCCAGAGUCAGUUAAAAUUACUUAACAUGGGCAAUAAUAAAGUGACAGUCACUCUACCGAAUCACAAGCCAGUGGAGCUUAAUGCAGCCAAGGCGAGUGAGGAAUAUUAUACUUUUGAAAACGACCAGAUCACAGUAUCAACAGGGAGCCCUACCGUGACCAAAUCUGUUCCUCUGACCAUGAGCAAGAGACAAACACUUCUCAUUCCAGCAAACCUCAGUGACAAAUGGCCAUUGACUUAUGAUUUGACUUCGAAGCCACAGAAGGGCAACAAUGCAGUCAGAUUUAUUAAUGGAAUGACUCAACGUGUGAAUGUAUCCAUUGCUGGUGCAGACUUUGAACUCAUUGAGCCAUUUUCUUACACCAACUAUUCCCUCAUAAAAAAUGGAAAGACAACCAUCAUCAUUCAGAGGGAAUCGCAGUCGUGUAAGUUCAUCAGGGAGUUUGGAUUUGGAAGUUCGUACGGUUUUCUUAUCCCCAGCACGUUCACUUUUGCACCUGAGUGUCAGACGUCUAUUCCCGAGGUUGAAUAUAUUAAGCCAAACUCGGUUCACAUGGCCCUCCAGAUCCCACAGUAUUUCUUCAUAACUGCUGGUGAAGUGAUGUUUUCUGUUACCGGUCUGGAGUUCUCUUACUCACAGGCACCGAGCAACAUGAAGGCAGUGCUGCAGGCCGGCUGGCUGUUAACCGUCGCUGUCGGCAACUUCAUCGUUCUAAUUGUGGCUGAAGUUGCAAAGCUUCCCCAAAAGUGGGCUGAAUACCUCCUCUUUGCCUCACUCCUGGUUGUGGUAUGUAUAAUCUUCUCCAUCAUGGCAUAUUUCUAUACCUACAUCGACCCCACUGAGAUCGAGGCCCAGUUCAGGAAGAAAACCGAUGAUGACGAUAAACACAAGAACACGCAGAAGGCAGGUGUCGAGAUGAAGAAGAAGGAUUCAUGGCAGGAUCGUGAUGAAGACGAUCGUGGGAAACAAACUUAAAUGUGAACAAUUUAAGCUAUUGCACCUGCACUUAUUUUGAAAUUAACUCUGCUCGUGUAAUUCUACGUGUGUGCUCUUCAUAUUAUUUACUUUAAUGAAAAAUUUUGUUUUUGCUGAGCACAGUAGGUAUGUUCAAUUUUCUAUCCUUAAAAAAAAAACACUCCAAAAUAUGACCAUUUCUGGAAGCAUUUCCAGAAAUUUUGCAAAUUACUUUAUGUUCAGUGGUUUAGGAUUAGGAUUACAAUAAGGGUCUGGGUUAGGGUAUAAUUUUGCUAAAUACAUAAAAUAUUUAGAAAUUUGAACAAGACUUCUGCUUCCGGAUGACAGCUUUGUACACUUUCUGGAGUCUUGCACAGUAGUGCAAUUCCAUUAUGGUCCAGGUUCCACUUACAGUAGUGUUCAGAAUAAUAGUAGUGCUAUGUGACUAAAAAGAUUAAUCCAGGUUUUGAGUAUAUUUCUUAUUGUUACAUGGGAAACAAGGU